AUGGGCCUCCUAAAUGGCAUUUUGGCCGUUGUUGCCCUCCCCUUAAUUUGUGGCAACAUCUUUCAAGGCACUACGGCUUCGGUUAUCCUCUCAAAGGAACCUAUUCCAACGAUUACUGAACCUGCCCCCCUUUAUUUACGAGCUACCACGGAGGCUCCAUCUGCAUACACUGGCUGCCAUGGCCACGGGAGUGACAUAUACUGCUAUCGCCCAGAUGGAUCUGAAGUUCAAGUGAUCGAUCCCAACGUUGGGGGGUCAGAGGAGAGCAGCAGUACCUCUGACGCAGCAGAAAGCUCCAGCACUGAAAGCAGCAGCGCAAGUGGUCAAAACUGCCACUUCCAUGCAGGUGUUGAACACUGCGUUAGCGCCGAAGGAGAAAGUGGCGCUUCAGAAUGCUCGCGAAGAGACCGAGAAUACAACAUCCCGCUGAGAAUCGGUCUCAUCUUCGUCAUCCUAGCGACAAGCUUCAUCGGUGUUGCGGGACCGAUAUUCCUCAAGCCUGUCCUGUCCACCAAAUUCCAACCGGUGUUCAUCGUUCUGAAGCAAUUCGGCACAGGGGUUAUUAUCGCGACGGCGUUCGUCCACCUCUUCACGCAUGCCCAACUAAUGUUCACCAACGAAUGCCUCGGCGAACUCGAGUACGAGGGAACAACCGCCGCGGUUACGAUGGCUGGUCUAUUCCUCGCGUUCAUCAUUGAAACCUCCAGCCACCGCAUCGCGGAGAAAUUCUGGUCGAGGUCGCAGUACAAUGACGAGGUAGUCGGCGUCGCGGUCCUCGAGGCGGGUAUCAUAUUCCAUUCGCUGCUAAUCGGCAUAACCCUCGUCGUCGCCGGCGACAGUUUCUUCGUGACCCUCUUCGUGGUAAUCCUCUUCCACCAAAUGUUCGAGGGUCUCGCCCUGGGCACCCGGAUCGCCUCCGUCGGCACCCGCGCUUUCCACGACUCUUCCCCCUCUUCCCCAAACACCGCCACCAACGGAAACCGCAACGGCACGCACACCCCAUCCUCCACCUCCGAGGACCAGAACAAGGCCCCACGCAGCCAAGAAGAGCUAGUCGCGGCCGAGGAAAACCGGACGGACGACCACCACAGCGAGUCUACGUCCACAACGGGAAAGGCAAGACUACUCUCGAUGCCGAAAAAACUCCUCAUGGCGUCCGCCUUCGCGCUCGUGACGCCCGUCGGCAUGGCGAUCGGGACGGGCGUGCUGCGGCAGUUCAACGGCAACGACCCGAGCACGCUGAUCGCGCUCGGCACGCUGGACGCGCUGUCCGCGGGCAUCCUGAUGUGGGUUGGCAUUGUGGAGAUGUGGGCGGGCGACUGGAUGUUUGCGGGUGGGGAGCUGGUGCAUGCGGGGAAGACGGUUACGGCGCUUGGAGGCUUGGGGUUGGUGGGGGGAAUGGUGCUGAUGAGCUUUUUGGGGAAGUGGGCGUGA